AAAAUGGGGAAGUAUUUCUGAGUCCCAAGCAAGAAAACCAAACAGUUGAACGACCAAUGUUAUGUUCAAUGUUGUUUUUAUUUAGUAGGUGCGCGUAUGUGAAUCUGUCAAAAUAGACCUCAGACGAAAAAAUAAAAAGACGAUUUCGAUUUUCCCGAGGUUUUUCUCACGGAUUUACGUGUGGAUUAUUAUUUGCAAGGAAAAUAAGUGAUUAUGUGCAGUGUUUUGUGGUGUUUUUAAGUGACCGCAGGAUUUUACUAUUGAUUUUCAUUCAGGAAUUCUUUGGAUAAGAGAUAAAUCAGAGUCAUGUUCAAAAGUUUCAUAAAAGGCGUCACAUCCGACAAAGAUGAUAAAGAAAAACGGAAGAGAGAUAAGAAGGACAGGAAAGACAAACAAAAGGUGGACCGAGGGCCACUGUCCGCAGAAGAACUUUUAAGAUUAGAAGUACGAAGAUCAAUAAAACUUCGUGGACGCCGUAAAGACAAAGAAAAACUUCCUUCAGGGAUAACAGCAGACUACACAGCAGAUUUUUUAGCCAGCCUAGAACGAACCGACGUAUCUUCUGCAAUUCCUGGCUCACCGAAUCAAUCAAAUCAUUUUGAAAACGCUUACACUCAAUCGGACAGUUCAGAAACGAGCCUAAAUUCCUUAAACCAAAAAAACCUACCGCCAUUACCUCCAAAACCUCCGAAACGAGGCAUAUUGAAAACUCCAAAAGUUACCCUAACCACGGAUAGUUCUAAUGAGACAAACGGUCAUAACGGCCACAAUGGUCACGACGCUGGAGAUCAUGUGGAUUUAGUGAGAAACACGUUGCAAAACGAAUUGAUAACGUAUCAAAAUGUACCUGGCCAGAACGGAUUUAGUGGCGUUAAAAAUAUGAGUAGUCAAUUGUUGGUGAUUACUUCUACUUCGCCUAGUGCGGAUAGUUUGACGGAUACUACGAAUAGUUCGUUUGCGACUCCACCCUUUUCGUUGAGUCCUGUUGGUGAAUCACAAGGAUUUCAUAGAUGGUCCAGAACAUCGAAUUUCGAUGAAAUCAAUCUACCUCUACCUGAUAUAGUUCCAAUCGUACUUCCAAAACCUAGAACCCUUGUUAUACAAAGGCAAAAACCACCUAGGAGCGAUUUUGGUUUUUCACUUAGACGAGCCAUGGUUUUGGAGAGAAAUAAUUUUACCAUUUUAGAAGGUGGAGUCAGUAUGAAAGCUGUGAUAUUUGCUGAACCAGGAGCAAUGGUUCAACACCAAAACGAUACCGGCCUAUUGCCAGGCGAUAAACUAUUGGAAGUCAAUGGAAUACCUGUUGAAGAUAGGACUAGAGAAGAAAUUAUCGAUAUGAUCAAAGCUUCUGGGGAUAGUGUCACACUAAAGGUAAGACUUUCGAAUAUUCAAAUUCUUUAA